AUGCAUUUUCAAUAUUACAAGUGUUUAUUAUUGUUUUAUCUAGGUGUAAACUGUUCUGGCGUUACGGAACUGACAGCCUACUCCAAAAUCCAAUACCUGACAACUCCUAACUACCCUCAUUUCUAUACCAGCCAUCUUUCUUGUUCCUGGUUAAUAAAGUCUGGGAGUCGAUCUGGGAAAUUAUAUCUUGAUGUACGAGACUCUGACAUCGAAUAUUCGGUCGGAUGCAUGAAGGAUUAUGCUGAACUUUACCUAGGAACCGACAGGAAGGCAGAUAUAUUCAGUCGGUGGUGUGGAGGGACCAGGCGCAAAUUCUACACAUACCACGCUAGCCUUUUCAUCCAUUUCCAUUCGGACGCUUCUCUUACCGGAAGGGGCUUUCAACUCUCCUAUUACAUGGGCUCCCCGUCGGCCGCAUGUCGAGAGAAGACAAGUUUGACAGCCGUGCGUCAUGAGUGGCAGGAUUUUUCAUCGCCCUUCUAUCCAACAGUAUACGAAGGGUAA